GGAUGUGCAGCGCCUGCGCCGCAGGGCCGGGGCAGUGUCGCGCACGGUGUGCGCAGCUGCCGCCGCUGCGUGGGGCCGCAGAUGGAGCCUGCCCCCGGCGCCGCAGAAAAUUCUAAGCUGAGACAUGUAGAAAAAGAUGUUUUGAUUCCACAAAUAAUGAGGGAUCGAGCCAAGGAGCUGUGUUUAGACAAGGUGCAAGCAUUUACUAAAUGCUGUCAAGAAACUGGUCUUCUGAUGGUGGUGAAGUGUCGGCAGGAGAACACAGCACUGAAGGACUGUCUGGUUGGCUACUAUUCUGAUCCAUCAUUCUAUGAAGAAUGCAAAGCAGAAUAUUUGAAGCAAAGAGAAGAAUACAGAGCAACUGGAAUUAAGAAAAAAAGACAGAAGUUUACUCAGAAUGUGUGAUUAAAACUUAAAAUGAACUUUUUUUUAUAUGCAAUUUGGAUUUCACUUGAUUUAAACAGACUUAAAUUGUCUCUACCACUCUGUGUGGAGUUUAACUGAAAUACACAAAAUGAGAUGAAUGGAGAAUAAAAUAAUGUCUGAAAGUAAGUGUCAAUUUUAAAACUUUUCAUAGUUAAAGAUCUAGAGCAUCCUGUCACAGUUUGCAAGAGAGGUUGCAAAGGUGUGUUCCUCUAUCUGGACUUGGGAUUUUGUUACUGGUGUACAAUUCAGAGUUUACAACUCUAGCAUGUCCAUUUGGAAUUUAAAGCCUGUAUCUAGCUACAUGAGCCAGGCUACAUAAAAACUGAUGGGUGAAUAAUUUAAGUUGUAUUAACUGGUCACAGAUUUGGUACACACUUAAGAUGGUCUGUUAAUCAUCACCUGAAGCUGACUGUAUGGAGAUGGACUUAAUAGAAGAGAAGGGUGGCAAAUGCAGAAGAGCUACUCAGACCAACGUGAAUUACCCUUUUCAUCAAAAUGCUGUCAGAUGAGAGCCUGGCAGUACUUGUGCCUGCACCGUAAAUCCUUAAGUCUACACUGUGACUCACUUUUAAGCCUACACUGUCAGAAGGGAUGGAUGCCUUGCACUUGUGCAUGGCCCAGACUGACCAUUUCAACUCUAGGGGAGAAAGUAAUUGAAUCCAGACCUUUCUUGAGAACAGGGAAUAAGCUGCCAUGCUUCAGGAGUAAGUGAGUGACCUCCUCAGGCAGAGGUAAAUAAACAACUAAACCAGGCAUAGAAGAUGCAGAUCACCUUGCAGGAACUAAGAAGGUCCCUAAUUUUAAAAGAGCACACAAACCAUCUUUCGUGUACUGAUACUUGAAGCUGCUUAAUUGCAGUUAAUUAAAUUAUUAAAAAAUUAAUUGUAAUUGCUUAAAUGGCUUCACUUACGGCUUCACUUAGAGAUACUAAUAUAAAGUUUUAGAAACUAUCUUGGAGUAUCCUCCAAGCAUUCUGAAAUAAAACUAAAUUUUUUAAAAGCAAGGAAAGGCUGCACUUGAACUUGGUAACUUUAAUGCCCUGAUUAAAGAAUAAAAAAAAGUAAUUUUCUGAGUAAGGAGUAGGAUUUGAUACUGUUCUGCUAGAAGAGGCAACAUUUUACUUGUUUAUUUUAAUACUGUUUCACCACAAACAGUAUUCCUCUAUUCAAGGAGGAAGCUCUGACUUGUAUAUGAAGGACUUAAUGCUCCAGGUUAGUCAUUGCCUUUUAUUCUGUGCCUUUUACUGAAAUAAUCAUUAAUUAUGUUGCUUCAGCAGACUGGGUGGAGGACUGGACUUGGGAGUGACAAACUGAAAAUGUGUAGCAUUCUGCCUUGUUAGGCAAACUUAAGUGGACUCAGCUCUAAAAGUAACCACCUUGAAAUUGCGUACGUGGAACACUGUCCUACACAUAUACUCAGCUUCUUAUCUCAAGCGUUUUAGAAAACAAAAAUAUCCCUUAUUAGUUGUUUUGCUGUAUGUAUUUUAAAAAGGAGGAAAUUUAAAAUAGAUGGUGACAUGUGUUUUUAAUGACAGUGACUGUUCUUCUGUCCCACUAUGAAAAUCUGUUACAUUUUCAAGCUCUGGAAAGCCAGCCUGGAUGUUUGAAAGUGUUGGCAAAAGCCCUUCCCUAGAGGAUUGGGGUGGGAGGGAUCAUUCUCUUAGGGGCAGUGCUGGCUGCUGCCAGUGGUGUGCGCCUGCACUGAGGGCUUACCUGGCUCAUACUCAGCUGACUCAGGUCUGAGUCAGACAACUGCACCAGCAAUAGAGGUCUCCUUUUCUGGCUCAGCAGAAAUUGUGUGCAGCAGGUGUAGUGACCAGGACAGCAGGGGAGGAAUGGAACAAAGCUGAGGUGAACCUUCAGGUAUUGCUCCCUACCCUUCAAUACAGGCUGUAUGUGAACAGCAGCCACAGCUCACACCCGCACUGAUGUCACAUCUGAAAUUCCAUGUACUGAAUGGUGCUGUCAGCCAUUUAUUUCUCUUUUCCUACAUCUGGAUUACUGGAGCUCCUCUGUUUGUUUACUCUGGUGUGCACUCAGAGCAAGGAUUGGCCCUUGGAUCAUGCAUCAGCUUUCUCCAUAAUACACCUCUGGCCUUAAUGUGCUGUUCCCUAGCUUUGAAUUCCUGGUUUCACACCUUUUAUUUUCUUAGCAUCUUGUGCACAUCCUGUACUUGAAUUGCAUUUACAGCUUUUAUUUAAAGUUUAAAUGAAAGAAUGAGUACCACGACAUGACAAACUCAUACCACUGAACUACUUAAGGUUUUGGUUUUGUCUCAGCCGUAACUCUCCUUCAUACUCAGUUUACUGGAGGCAGCCCUGGAUUCUAAUCAGUGUAAGAAAACAGAGCUCAGCGGCCUAUCUGUCCUCUUCAGAGCACUUGGUAGGCACCCAACACACCCCUAUUUUUCACUGGAGGCUGCACUCUCUGGCUGUAUUAAAGGUCUCUUCAAACUCCUGAGGGGAGCCCCCUACAAAGGGAAGAUAUGAGAGGAAAGAGGGAGAAGGUGUCACGUACUUUAAAGGUCUGCCUUCAGAGAGUAAAAUCCAGACUUGGAGGGAAGAUGAGGGGCAGUUUGUAAUGCACAGGAUUUUCAAAGGGCAGUGGAACAGCCACUGCAGUCUGAGACACCACGCAAAAAUUAACCUGCAAGCCAGAAACCCAUUCUGCUCCACAUUUAGUACAGCCAUACUCCUGGGUAAUUCCUGCAAGUAAUUCCUCUGUCCUGUUUACUCUGCUGAUCAAAAAAUGGUCAAAUUACACUUGCAAUGUAAGUGUUCCACCUAGUUAAAAAUUGGUUCAGUAACAGUAAGUACCUGGCUGUUUCUUGCAUGCUUCUCCCUAGAUCAAACAGCCACACUCAAACAUGAUCAUCUUACCACUUUAAUUACUGUAUCUUAAUGUUUGACUUGCUCUCUUCCAUCUUAAAAUAAAAUUAAAUUAAUUUUGCUGGACAGUUA